AUGGCCGAGCUCAAGUCGCUGUCGGGGGACGCGUACCUGGCGCUGAGCCACGGCUACGCCGCGGCGACCGCGGGCCUGGCCUACGGGGCGGCGCGGGAGCCCGAGGCGGCCCGCGGCUACGGCGCGCCGGGCCCCGGCGGCGACCUCCCUGCGGCGCCCGCGCCCCACCCCGCGGCCGUGGCCGAGAGCAGCGGCGAGCAGAGCUGCUACGAGGACGACGCCUUCGAGCAGCGGCGGCGGCGGCGGCGGCGGGGGGGGGGGCCCGGGGGCGCGGCGGACGCGCGGCGGCGGCCCCGGGAGCAGCGCUCGCUGCGGCUGAGCAUCAACGCGCGCGAGCGGCGGCGGAUGCACGACCUGAACGACGCUCUGGACGGGCUGCGCGCCGUCCUCCCCUACGCGCACAGCCCGUCGGUGCGCAAGCUCUCCAAGAUCGCCACGCUGCUGCUCGCCAAGAACUACAUCCUCAUGCAGGCGCAGGCCCUGGACGAGAUGCGGCGCCUCGUGGCUUACCUCAACCAGGGCCAGGGCCUGGCGGCGCCGGUGGCCGCUGCGCCCCUGACGCCCUUCGGCCAGGCCGCUGUAUACCCGUUCUCCUCGGGCGCCCCACUGCCCUGCCCUGAGAAGCGCGCUGCCUUCUCUGGGACGCCCUCGGCGCUGUGCAAACACUGCAACGAGAAGCCAUGA